UUUAUUCUGUUUUUAUUGCAGGCAGUGUUGUUGGUUCUCCUUUUUGCAACCCAUAAGGAAACCAUUGCAGAAUGGUGUUGUCCUGAUCCGCCAUUUUUUGGCUUUUGUUGGGAGGGCUGCACCGCGGAUAGUAAUUGCACUGGGAUACAACUGUGCUGCUCAAAUGGAUGUGGUCACCUGUGCAUGGAUCCCGUCGAUUGUGUAAUGUUGUUGGUUCUUCUUUUUGCAACCUGUGAGGAAGGCCUCGGAGCAAAGUGCUGCCCCGAGGUGAGCGGAUUUGGUACCUGUGUGGAGGACUGCGAUAAUUGCGCUAAGAAUGAAAUGUGCUGCUCAAAUGGAUGUGGUCACGUGUGCAUGAAACCCGUCAAUUGUUAAGGCAUGGGGAGGUGACACGAGUGAAGCCGCUGACACAAAGAAAAAAAAUUAUAACUGCAUCAACUAUGUCCACCAUGACGUCACUUUCGAAAAGAGAAUUAUUAUUCGAACUCGAAAACGCCUUUUGAAACAAUAUUUUCAUUAAAUUGAUAAAGCAGGGACCACACUGGAAAAUUUUAUUAAAAGGGCAAAAUCACGAUCAAAUAACCGGAAGCUUCUAACUGGCUACCCGACAAGAUUCCAUUAUAAGAUUAUGUAAAAUGGCUGAAUGCAACAUCGCUUUCAUCUAAUAUAUAUUAUGCGCUUAAUACUGGUACUUCCAAUAUUUCAGAUUUUCCUUUCUACCUUUGAGAUUGUGCACAAGAGGUAGCAGAGAAAAAAUAAAAUAAAUAUGGGCUAUUUGGUUCAAAAAUAUUA